GCCAAGGCGAAGUGGGAGCGGACCAUCGACUGCAUGAUCAAGUGGCUCUACGGCAUCAUGGGAUCGCAAGGAGCCCGAUGGUCGCCCGUCAUCCUCACGGAUCUGAACGCGCAGUUCUCGGAGGUGGAGGGGGUGACGGGCGAGCACCACCUGGGGACCUUCACGCGCACGAGCGAGCUCAUGUCGGCCUUGCUCGCCGCACACCAGAUGCGAGCGAUCAACACAUACUACAGUCAGGCGGGCCCCACGUACUACAACAAAGGGGUGGCCAAGACGCUUGACUAUAUUUGCAUUCCGCAGGAGUGGCACAAGUCUACGAUGUGGUGCAGGACGCUGAUACGGUCGGCAUGGAAAUUGCAGCUGCACAACUUGAGUGGCUUAUGGGAUCAUGUUCCUUUGGCGGCAUGCUUCGAUUUGCGCGUCAUCGCGGAGCCGUACAGCCCGACUUCGCAGGUCACCAUCGACAAAGAGACGGUGGCGCGCAUGCUGCAACUGGGACAUAGGCGAGCUGAAUUUGUUGGAAGAGUUGAGCAGUACCUGAGAAGUAAGCGGAACGACUUGUCCAGCAAAGGCCUGGAGGAGCGGCCCGACUACGCCAACGCGGUGAUCCAUGAGGCGAUCAGAGCAGCAGCAGAAGUUUGUUGUUCAGAGUCUUUCGGAUAUACGGAGAAUCACAAAGCUCAUGCUCGAGAGGUACGGCAACUACUUCGACAACGGCGAGAAGUGCGAGAGCAUUUUGCCCAUUUAUCGCACUACGUGGGCUGGACGCAAGAGUACCUGCAGGAGAUCCCAGGCCAGAUUGUCAAUGGUGGGAUUCUCCUAUCUGAGCUGAAUAUGAACCCAGAGCUGGUCACGAUCGAGGAGUGGAUCCAGAUGGCUAGCAGUUUUCUUGGCUCUGAAAGAUAUCGAGAACUGGUUGCAAUGGGACUCGAAGUAUCUCAGAUCCAGCGCAUCAUCGACAGCACGAUCCUGAUGCAGCGGCUCAAGCUCUUGAGCAAAUGGUUGACCAAGCAGAAGCAGCAGUACUGGCGCGAGGUCACGGCGCUGAGGUGCGACGAGCUUAUGAGAGCGGUGAAGGCUAACGAUUUUCAUCAGGUUCACAAGAUGGCACGAUUAUUGGCGCAACGUAAUCGAGGAGGGCGAAAACGAGUCUUUGGACGGCAUCGGAUCGCUGGCGACGUCACCUCAUGGAUCGAGAAGAUGCAGAAGGCAGGCCCUAGUGGUGGAUGCUCCGCUGAGAUUCGCACAGAGCAGCAGAUUCGGCAAGCUCGCGAACCAGCCACCAGAGUGGAGUACACCAGGGAGGAGAUCAACGACGAGAUCCAAGGUAUCGUGUCAGCAGCGUGGAAGGCAAGAUUGUGGCGAUCUUCACCUUCAUGGAGUUCGAGUGUAGAGUUAUUGAGAUGUAUGAUGUUCCCGAAAUGGACUAACAAGCGGAUGGUAGCACGACGUCACGGCUUAGGACACGUACCAGAAGUUGAGCAGCUACAGACGCCCCAGUUUUACUUCUUCCUUCGAGCGAUGGUGGAGGCAAUUCUUUUUACGCAGAGGUUACCACUGGCUUGGCUUCGAGCGAAGGCAGCCCCAAUUCCGAAGGGUAACGAGAAGGAAGGGGUCGACGGCGAGAGAGUGGUCAUGGUGAUAUGUACUAUAGCUAAGUUCCACUACAGACACAUGCUUAAGAAGGCCUUGAUGGAGGACAUCCCGAGCUGGGCUUACGGAGCGCUCCGGUCCCGUAGGCGCGAGGGAGCAGUCGUCGUGCAGUCGUGCGGGGCGUGGCGUAUGCAGAAGAUGGGGGUCCAGCACGCGAGGAGGCUGCACGACGCCACCAAUGCGUUUUUUUCGAUCAAGACGGGCAGGCUCGAUCAGAUUGUCUUGCAGCACUUGGACGAGCGUCAUAUCACAAUGAUGCUAGAUCGUAUUCGAUGGGCACAUUUUGUAUUCGAGGGCUCGCCUCACAUGCUGUUGAUGCACGAGGGGUGUAUGCCAGGCGACCCGAUCAUGGUUUUCCUCUUCGUCAUGGCGUACGCGCGAGGGCUCGAGAGCUACGCCCAGGAUGAGAUUAACCACGUGGAGGUGAUGUCCCCAUGGACGGGUCAGCGAGAACAGGCAGCACUAACGUUGUUCGUCGACGACGUGGCGGAUAUGUUCAAAUUCGAGAACAGGCAGGCCGCAACUCGUGAGGGACGAGUGCAGAAUGGCGCUGUAACACAGAGGCUGGGAGAGAUGGGACUUGAGCAGAACGUGGCGAAGCAAGAGACUGUCCCUUAUUGCUGCGGGGUGGGUGCGUACAAGCUCGAGCGCGAGAUUCUCCAGGACACCGUGCUUGAAGGACAUGCAGCAGCGACAGCACGAUACCUCGGGGUGCGGCUCACGGCACGGUUCGCUAUUUCAGUGGAGAUAGGAUAUCGGUUUAUCGCCGCGAAGGCGGCAUGGGGCUCCAUGGGCAACUUCUGGACGUCCAAUGUAUCGCAGAAAUGGAAGGUGAGUAUCUACAAAGGAUACGUAAUUAAUGCCAUGAUGACGGGCAUCGAGACGUUCGUGAAAAAAGAUGGUCCGAUGAAAGUGUCAGAUUUUCAGAGCAUGGAAUCGUUUAUCGCCAGAAGGGGGAGAGUCAUCUUCGGAGGGGUCUCGACUACUAGGCAAGACGGCAGUGUUCGUUCGCUGACGAAUCUCGAGGUGAUGGUGAAGCUAGGGUCGGCCAGCUUGUUCGUCGAGGCCAGGAUUCGGAGGCUCAAGUGGCUUCAACAGUUGUUAUCGAACCUGAGCGUCGCGGACCAGGUGUUAGGUGUAGUGUUUGGCUCUAUCAGAGCCUCCCAGAAAUCGCAGGAGACCGUUCGGGACGACAACUGGAAGGACGCCAAUCCGUGGGCCCGCCAGUGGCUCCAAGAUAUAUUGAGCUUAGAGGUUUACGACGACGGGGAGGUGUUUCUGGAUAGGUAUGAUAGGCAACCCGUUCGAGCGAUUCUGGAGGGCAGGGAGGAUUUCAUCCAGCUGGACCUCUUGGGGCUCAGGGCUCACUUCCCCGCCCCCAACGUGCCGCCCAAGAAGCACAAGUCGCAGGACUCAGAGGACGUGCUGGUGCGCAAGAUGGUGGUGCAGCUCGAGGCGAGGAUGCGGGCAGUGGAGUGCGGCAACGCAGUGCAGAUUCACAUGCCAGCCGAAUCGGUCCUGGUGAAGAACGGUCAGCAGAAGUACCAAGAGUAUCUCAAAGUGACGAAAGAGGAGGGCCCCAAGCACCAAAGGGGGCCGCCCGAACUCCAGCUAUUUUCAGCGGCUCUCAAAGAUAUCGAGAACUGGUUGCAAGCGGAAAGCUCCCCACAGCUCCAGCGGUUCAAGGGUGUGCCCGCCCGUCUGGCGUUGAUGCUGCAGCAUGGCAACGAGAGCGACGCGGGAGAAUGGAUCAAGGACUUUACGUACAGUCCGAUGUACGACACGAAGAAGAUCAGGCUCGCGAUGUGCCUGCGCGGCAGCGUCGUGGUGUGCAGCACGAAGGAGGCCGACGACGAGUACACCGAGCAGCAGAAGGCAGCUUGGGGAGGAGCGCCGACCGAUCCCGCCUACGAGGCGAGCCUUCAGCGGACGCCGCUCGAGCUGGUCCGCCUUGGCGACAAGCAGAAGACCGUGGAGCUGAUGCACCUGAUGGGAAUCCUCCUCCGCGCGAUGGGCGGCGUCAAGAAGGCGGGCAAGGUUCCUCGCGGGGAGAUGCCCAAGCAGCUGCUGGGCAAGAAGAAAGAAUAG